GCAGCGUCUCGGUGGGCGGGCACCACCGUUUGGUAAUGGCGGCGUCUGGGGAGCCCAGGAGGCAGUGGCAGGAGGAGGUGGCGUCAGUGGUGGUGGUGGGCUCCUGCAUGACCGACCUGGUCAGUCUUACUUCUCGUUUGCCAAAAACUGGAGAAACCAUCCAUGGACAUAAGUUUUUUAUUGGCUUCGGAGGGAAAGGUGCCAAUCAGUGUGUCCAAGCUGCUAGGCUUGGAGCAAAGACGUCCAUAGUGUGCAAGGUUGGCAAAGAUUCUUUUGGCAAUGAUUAUAUAGAAAACUUAAAACAGAAUGAUAUUUCUACAGAAUUUACAUAUCAGACUAAAGAUGCUGCUACGGGAACUGCUUCUAUAAUUGUCAAUAAUGAAGGCCAGAAUAUUAUUGUCAUAGUGGCUGGAGCAAACUUACUUUUGAAUACUGAAGACCUGAAGGUGGCAGCCAGCGCUAUUAGCAGAGCCAAAGUAAUGAGCUGCCAACUAGAAAUAACUCCAGAAACUUCUUUGGAAGCCCUGACAAUGGCCCACAGCAAUGGAGUGAAAACACUGUUCAAUCCCGCUCCUGCCAUUGCUGACCUGGAUCCCCGGUUCUACUCCCUCUCAGAUGUGUUCUGUUGCAAUGAAAGUGAGGCUGAGAUUUUAACUGGCCUCGUGGUGGGCAGCCCGGAGGAGGCUGGGAAGGCCGCACUGGUGCUCCUGGAACGGGGCUGCCAGGUUGUAGUCAUCACCUUGGGAGCUGCAGGAUGUGUGACACUAUCACAGAUGGAGCCUGUCCCAAAGCACAUUCCCACAGAGACAGUCAAAGCUGUGGAUACGACAGGUAGACCUGGCUCAAGACCCAAGAGUGAAGCAGCAACUGGUGCUGGUGACAGUUUUGUGGGAGCUUUGGCCUUCUACCUGGCUUACUACCCAAAUUUAUCCUUGGAAGAAAUGCUCAAAAGAUCCAAUUUCAUUGCAGCAGUCAGUGUCCAGGCUGCUGGAACACAGUCAUCAUAUCCACACAAAAAAGACCUUCCAACUACUUUGUUUUGAUUGCUAUUAGCCCCAAAAUAAAUAUACCUGGAAAUAAAAUGUUUAAGGGGUGGCCACUCUUAGCUAACACUAGAAAAUGUCCUUUCUUUGCAAAUACUGUGUUCAUUUAUUAGAAGACAUCUUCAGUUUGCUUCUCAUGCAUUCACAAAAGCCAACUAGAAUUAGAUUGCACCAUCAGCAUCUGUACAAACAUUACCCCUGUUCAAGAACUUGCAAAUUCUAUUGCCAACAGACUGCUAAUGCUAUGUGCAGGGGUUGUGAGCGGCAGUGUCAGAGCCAGAGCAGAGAAUUCAGUAAGGGAAAAGGGCAUAGGAGCUGGAUCACCCAAGCACCUCCUAAGACUACAACUGAUAUGUCCCUUUGGCCUAAGUGUUGUCAAACUUACAGUUUGUAAGAAGCCAGAAUUUGGAUAUUGAUUUUUCAUUCAAUAGUUCAAUAUUUAUGUGUCAGCAACUGGUUUUUAAAAAAUCCAAACACCUGUGGGCUCCAUUCAGCUCCAGGGCUAAAUAUACAAGUCAUUCAUUAGGCUAGAUGUUAAGGCUUUUAUUUUUUAAAGUGAUUCAUGUAUGUCACAGACCCUUUACACUGGCUUAGCUAGAAUCAUCUAAAGUUUUCUUGUAACUUACAACCAGUGUACAAUUCUACCUAAAAAUAGCCAGGGUCUCACCUGUUGCUUUGAACCAGAGCUUUAAAAGAUGUCAUAAAAUAGCUGACUGACUAUACCACAAGCUCUUAAGACUCAACAGCUGUUUACCUCUAAUCCCAUUUCCAGAGAGCUGCUUUUCAUUUCCUACACAGACACAGAUUGGGCCAUGGGGAGGGAACACCUGCUAUUUGGGAACAGCAAUGGUUCCCUAGUGCUUGUAGCAUUAGGGUGGGCAUGCUGUAAUUCGCUCAUACAAAUACUUUUAAUGAAGUAGAUGUGAGCCAGAAGAGUUUAAAGAAAAAAACUGAUCCUUUCAGCUACAAACCUGAGGGAAAAGCAAAAAAACUGGAGUGUUUUGAAAAUCUGUGGUAACCCUGAGUGAGAAAGUGUUUGAUGUGGGCAGGGCAGAGGUGCUUAUCUGAGCAUCAGAGGCUAGCAGGGAUUUCCCACUUAGCUAGCUGUGCAGUAGCACUAAUGACCAGAAGCAGUAGCAGGGGCUUUAUAAAAUAUACCAUAGUUCCUCUUACUUUAAAAGAGGAGAAAGACCUAGGGGAUAAAGAAAUUCAAAGCCAUCUUUUUAAAAACCCUAGACACUGCUUUGGUGACAUGGAUUUGAAAAUAAGGGCCAAUGGCAUUUUUCUUAAUUAUAAAAGCACAAAUAAAAAACAGAGUUCUCUUGGUUUCUUUUGCUCUUCUUCCUGUUUGCCUGUCAUCCAUUUCUGUUAUUACAUGGGAAUUUCUUCCAAGAUCACCUGGAAUGGUACUCUGCCUUUUCUAUGAAGUACAAGGAGGAACAACCUAGAAACUCAAACUAGAAACU